GACGUCAAAUACGGCUAACAUAUUUCUUACUUUUCAGGGGUGAUAUCCGGAUCGCUCUCUAAGCGGACAAAACGCUGGGAAGAAGGCAAAGGAAACGAAGGCUGGGUUCGCGGGACUGCCGGCGUCGACUACCCGAACUACAAGGAAAUUCCCCGUACAAAUUUUCGGUGUAGCCAGCAGCCUUACGAAGGCAUGUACGCAGACCUGGAAGCACAAUGUCAGGUCUAUCAUGUGUGUCAUAAUGGCAGGAAAGAAAGCUUCCUGUGUAAUCCCGGGACAAUCUUCAACCAGAAGAUCCGAGCUUGUGAUUACUGGUACAGCUUUGAAUGCGACGAAGCUCCAAACUACUUCUAUCUGAACGCCGAAGUGGCGGAAGGCACUUUGCAGCCCAUCGGACCACAGCCAGGAUCCAGUGACUACCGGCCGGCUGCUGGCGGUGGAUACCCCAAACCUGGACAUGGUGCACAUCCAGGAUCCGGAGGAGGUUACCCAGGUGGUGGGGGUGGUGGUGGUGCCGGAUCAUCCGGACCUCAUGGACCUUCUGGACCUGGUGGCCCUUAUAGGCCUUCUGGAUCACCUGGCUCAUCCGGUUCAUAUGGACCUUCAGGCCCUCACGGACCUUCCGGCCCAUCUGGUCCAUCCGGUCCUUAUGGGCCAUCCGGUCCUUAUGGGCCAUCCGGUCCUUAUGGGCCAUCGGGGCCCAAAGGACCUCACGGACCUUCCGGCCCAUCUGGUCCAUCCGGUCCUUAUGGGCCAUCGGGGCCCAAAGGACCUCACGGACCUUCCGGCCCAUCUGGUCCAUCCGGUCCUUAUGGGCCAUCGGGGCCCAAAGGACCUCACGGCCCAUCUGGACCAUCUGGUCCUUAUGGGCCAUCGGGGCCCAAAGGACCUCACGGCCCAUCUGGUCCAUCUGGUCCUUAUGGGCCAUCGGGGCCCAAAGGACCUCACGGCCCAUCUGGACCAUCUGGUCCUUAUGGGCCAUCAGGACCUAAAGGACCUUACGGACCAUCCGGACCAUCUGGCCCCAGUGGACCCGUUGCACCAUCUGGAGGUCCGCAUCCGUCUGGGCCACUAGGACCUUCAGGGCCAUCUGGCCCCUCUGGACCAAAAUCGCACGGACCACAUGCCCCUCUGAGCGCUUACCCAUCUAAACCCAGCGGACCGGUUGGACCGUCUGGACCUUCGGGACCAUAUCCCUCUGGACCGGUUGGGCCUUCGGGACCACAUCCCUCUCGACCAUCUGGACCUUCAGGACCAUAUCCCUCUGGACCAUCUGGACCUUCAGGACCGUAUCCCUCUGGACCGUCUGGACCUUCAGGACCAUAUCCCUCUGGACCGUCUGGACCGUCUGGACCUUCAGGACCAUAUCCCUCUGGACCGUCUGGACCAUCUGGACCUUCAGGACCGUAUCCCUCUGGACCGUCUGGACCUUCAGGACCAUAUCCCUCUGGACCGUCUGGACCAUCUGGACCUUCAGGACCAUAUCCCUCUGGACCAUCCGGACCUGCAGGACCCCAUGGUCCUGUUGGGCCCUCUGGUUCGCUUGGUCCUCAUGGCCCUGGAGCUCCUCACGGGCCUUCUGGACCAGGCGGCGCCCUUGGUCCAUCAGUACCAAGCAUGAUCUUCAAACCAGGAACUGCUGUCAAGCGACCCGGCGCUGGAGGAUACGGCAAACCACAAGGUGACCACAGGCCCGCAGACUAUGACGUAGCGCCUGCCGGACCCAAAACACCCACUGGUGGCGACUCAUCAUGGGUAGAAUACCCAAGCCUUCAAGGUGGUGGCGACUACUCGCAGCAGACCCCUUCACACACCGCUCCCUCUCAUGGUGCACUGUCUCAACAACCGGGAUCCUAUCCCCAAGCUUCAGGUCAAGGAGGAAGCUACCCAGGAGGAAGUUAUCCUGCACAAUCGGGACGGCCUCAGAGGAGGCCUGGAGCUGGAGGUUACGGUGUAGGACCUGCAGGCAUGAUGAUGGGUGGCGCUGGUGGCGACUGAUCGAAGUUCGUGUUCCAGAGUGAUACCAGACUAACCGGAGACCAGGUUGAGGGUGCACCAUCUUGUUAGAGGCAGGAAACGACACGUGAAAAACUACGUGGAACUGGAACGACAUUGUUUUUUUGUUCUAGUUAAUCAAAAUGUUAGGUGAAGAUGGUAGGCACCACUGAACUGAAAUGAAAACUCCGCCGUCCUCUAUAGGAUCAAAUGUUCUCUGUUCCUUUUGAUGUUGUCUGUCAAAACAAGAGCGUGUGCGACGUCAAGGUGGCUCAUUUUUGCCAGGUGCCACACUGUUGCUUUACAUUUGCUUCCGUGGAUGAUUCUGUUGAAGAAUAAAAAUUACAAAUAUAUA